ACUCCAUAACAACAAUAUGGCUGAACCGAAUCGUUUGUGGCGGACUUGAAAAAAAAAAAUAAUAAUACACACAGACACCUAUAUAUCUUUCUCACUCACUCACUCUCUCUGUGCUGGCAGGACAGUCUACGCCUUCUUCUUCUUCAUCAUCAUCUACAUCGUUCGUUUGCUUCGCUAGUCGUCGAUGGUAUCACCGUUUACUUGCUUAUUAUUUGAUAUAAUAUAUUCCCCAUGUUUCUGUAUAAUCUCUGCUUUUGAUAUUUUGCCCUGUUUUUUUGUUUCUCUCUCUCUCUCUUCUCCUCCCCCAUUAAUGUUCCGAUUUAUGUCUAUUCUAUGUAAAUGUGUUGUUUCUGUCAUUCGUGAUGCCGUCAGUAGCAGCAGACCAGCCCAUUGCGUCCAAUGUUCCUUCCACCCGUACCGCUUCUUUUCCUCCUUCCUCUUUUAACACCUGUAACCACCACGUAAUCGAACCCGGGACAUUCUCCGCGGUUCUCUAUCCUUUCCUCUGCUCUACUCCUACGACUGGAACGAGUUUUUGUUGUGGUGGUGGGAGCUGCACUGGUCGAAAAAACAGGCCCUGUGUAUCGUCUUCGUCUUCGUUCCUGUGGUCCUCGUCGUCAAGAAGCAUUGUUGCUGCACUUUAUAGACUUCGAUAUUUGCUGUUGUCGUCUUCCCACCUAUCCUUCUUCUUCUUCUUCUUCUUCUUCUUCUUCGUCUCUUCCUAUCUAUUUCUGCCCGUUGUGCAGCCAACGACGUCAACAUCACCAUUAACAACAACAACAACAAAAACAUCACCGCCGCCGCCGCCGCCACUCUCACCUAUUCCACUACCACCACCACCACCACCAACAUCAUCAACAACAACAAUAACUGCAACGGCUACAACUGUCGUAACACAACUAGUAGUAGAAGUAGUAGUAGUAGUAGUAGUAACAACAGUCACGUUAGUAUCGAUAAUAGCAGCAGCAGAAGAAAAAGAAGGAAAAUACUACAAUUCUGGCGCACCAACAACAUGUGGAUGAAACAUACGAAAUGGCAAUAUCGCUGUUUGGCGUACCUCAAUCAGUUUUUCACCGGCUACGCCCUGAUGGCAUGGACCGGUUUUUUCCUAUUUUUGGGCGUAUUUUACAAUGAAUGGAAACCUUUAAUUUCCUAUAUAGUGGGCAUCAUUCCAGCCAUGGUGAUCUGUUUUCAUGUCAACCGUAGUCAACAGCUGUGGGACCUUACCCCUUUUACCAAAUUUCUCUUGGCGAAAACAACUUUAUCGUACAAGCUUCGGACAUUAUUUCUUCAGCUUGUCAUGACCAUUAUCACCUUUAAGGAAUAUAAAAGCAACGACGGUAAAAAACAGGUGUCUGCGACUAAUGGGUGGGCGGUAGACAAUGUUCAACACGACUCGAUGUCUCCAUCGCCGUCGCCAUCUCUGCCCACAUCCAGCAGUUGGUUGGACGACACUUCGCAGCGAAUUAAACCCAAACAACGGAAUCGCUUGGAUUCUUCGAAAUCUAGUGACGAUCAGUCUCCCCACACAUCCGACUCUCAUGUUCCUUAUUGCGAAGUAAUUAACUGUGAGAUCGAAAAGUUUGUCAAUUUAAUUACAAGAGAUUACGUUCAGUCUUGGUACAAAGUGGUCUGUUCCGAUUCCACUAUAGUUGUUGACAUCCAUGAUGAAAUUCUGGAAAUCCUGUUAGAGUUGUGUCGACGAGCACGUACUGUCAACCGGUUGUCUGCAUGUACAGGGGCCAUCACAAUGUGCCGUGAACAUUUGAUGAAAUACCAGACCUCGUUUGCUACUUACAAGAUCCAGAUGUGUUAUGCAAUGUCAAGUGAUAAACUUUCACAGAAGAAAAAGCUACCAGGAUCUGUAGAAGAUGUAUUUGACCAAAAGUAUUCCCUGCAUCCCGCAUCAAAGGGCACUGAAGCAUCUUUUGACCAUGUCCGGGCACUCAUUGAACUCUUGAUUGACUGCUUAGAUAUAUUGCCAGCGGAUUUCAAGAACGUAGAUUCUUUGAAGAAAAUCCUUAUUGAAAUUUUUACAUUACAAAUUAUAAUGCCCCUCAUUGAUAUGUUUCAAGACCCGGAUUUUUUGCACGAAAGCAUUAUCAUGCUGCUGUCUAAGGAACAAGAGGAACUGGUUGAAAUAAGAAAAACUGAUGAAGAGACAGCUAGCAAAGAAACGCCGCCCCCACCACCACCACCUCCUUUACCACUGCCACCUGUUAUAGUCCAGGGUUCGACUCCUGAAAAACAGGACGUCACAAUCGUGGAAGCAAUACGGCCAAACAGCAUCCAGCUUGAGCAGAAAGCAUCAUCUUUUGAUGAGCCUAAAACUCUCUUAAAUCCUGAACAGGUAUUGUCUAAUCAGCAACAGGUGGAAACACAAGAAAGUCAACAACAGUCACGACUAACAACACCAGAAAUACAAGAGUCACAAACACAAACACCAGAACAACAAUCACACCUACAACCAACACCAAUACCACAACAACAGCAACAGAAACAAGAAAAUUCAUGCAUGCAAAAUUCUCUGGAGAUAAACGGUAACAAUUUGAAAUCAGGUGAAGAAAAACCUGCCACCGGUGAUUCAACUUUUGAAAAUGUCUUCAGUUUUCGAUCAAGAGAAGGCAGUCGGAUAUCUUUAGGUGGGUUGCCCUUUCUUUUCGGUGGCGAUAGACAAUUUUUUGGCUCAGGCAGUGACAGCAGAAAAGCUUCCAUGUCAGAUAACGAGUCGGUUACAGAUCAGCCCUCAUUUUCAAAUAACAACAGUAAAAGGUCUUCGUGUUCUGCUAACGAGGAUGUUGAUGCUCACGACAAUAAUGAGGAUAAUGAAAGUACAGACUUCAGUAAGAGUUUUUCUGUAGCGAAACCUGCUGAUCAAAAGGAUUCCUUGGAAAAUGAGAAAGUGAGUGGUGAAUGUGUAAAUAAAGAAUCGAACUGUGAUAAUAAAUCGGACCAUGGCUUCAUCAGGCGUUUAGAGCAGCGAAACAGUUUUUACUCUCUUCCUUUAUCGGAUAAAACACCCGGUAGUGAAAAAGAGAGCAAUCAAUCAGCUUUCGAAUUUGGUUUGGAUGAACACCAUGUUUCUUCUGCUAGCAGCAAGGAGCAAAAAUUAAAUGGGAUGAGAUCGAAAAGUUCGGACUCCAGUCCCUCAGGAAUGCGGAACACUUUUGAACGUAGUCCCUUUCAAACUUUGUGGCCAAACUCUGCGAUCCCCAGGUUGAGUCAAACCGAGGAUAGCAUUCGGACGUUUCCAUUUCUUCCUGGCAAUUCAGAGACCUCUUCUAAAACAGACAGCGAGUCGGAUGACUCUGGGCCAUCUGCCGACAAAAGGUGUCUUUUCCAAAAUAUCUCGGUGGUCGAGACGGAAUCACAUAAGGAACCCAGGGCUAACAAGGUUUACACCCUUUACGAAGUCCAGUAUGAUGCGUCAUAUGUGUCUGAAAAUGGGGAACUUUCUACAAAAACUGGCAAAGUGAAACGCAGGUUUCGAGAAUUCUGCACGCUACAACAGAAACUUGAAGAAAGGAACGUCUAUAAGAAAUGCUUGAAAGAUAUCAAAGGACCAAAAGGAUGGAAGCAUUCGCUGUUUGGUAACAUGGACCAGGAGAAUGUCACUCAGCGGAGGAAAUUUCUUGACAACUACUUGAAGAACUUAAUAAAGAAAGAAAGCAUCUCCAAUGGGCCUGAACUGAGGGAGUUCCUCGCCUAUGAGGGAGAUGCACACAUCGCUUAUGUGCGGCGCACCCGUGAAAUCAACAUGCCACGGAUUGAUAAAGCAUUUGUGAAAACGGUAUCUGGUGUACUGGACCGGAUAGCUACAACAGUUCUUCCACGAAGUUUGUCGCAAGACAAGACCUCCCCAUCUGGCUACUCUCCAUACCGUAAAGACUCCUUGUCGCCCAACAAACCCACAGAAGAAGAAGUAAAGAUCAUCGAAGAUUCGGAUCAAAUUCUAGUUGAUAUAGACAUUCCAAAUUAUGAGAGUUGGUUUCGGGUUGUGGAAGCUAACGUCAGCAAGCACAUUGAAAGCAUAAAAUGUCGUCGUGAUUCAUCAACAGAAGUGACCAAUCAGAGCUCUUCACCACACAGCCCACUCUCGACCAAUCAGAGCUGUUCUUCGCACACUCCAUCUUUGACCAAUCAGAGCUGUUCGUCGAGUAAUCUGCCAUCAGUUGACCAGACCUUUUCCUCGAACAGUUUGCACAUGACCAAUACAAGUUCUUCCUUACAUGGUUUCUCAAUGACCAUCGACAGCUGUUCUUCAUCCAACUUACCUUUGACCAAUGAGAACAAUUCAUCCUUACACACAUCUUCAGAUACCAAAGCCACAGAAAACAACACUGAUCCUUUUAGGGCACACAUCACAGAUCAAGAAACAGACCCAUUAAAUUCAGUCAGAGUUGAGAUGAAGGACAACCUAAUCUUGACAUCUGCAAUUCUCGACUUUGCGGUGCAGGCACUGCAAGGAUGCGACAGCUGGUUGAACAAGGAAGCUGCUUACGAGACGUUUGCGAUUGUUAGUGGAACUGUCUUGAACAAUUGGCUGCAGAAGAAACUUCACGAAGCCACUUCACAGACUCAGUGCCGUUACUAUCUGCAACUACUACGCGAGAAGCUCUGGCCCAAUACCAAAGCAGAAUGCAAGACGACACCUGUGAAAACCCCUGCCGAAAUGGAAGCUACCAAAGAAAAAGCCAAACAAUAUAUUUUUGACUUGUUUCCAUGUUUACUUGUGUUGUUCAUUGGGGAAGAAAAUGUACAACAUGCCAUCUCACAACUCAUCGCAGCUAUCCAGUGUCAGAGGCUCAACAGGCAUUUCCUCUUCUGUCUCUUGGACACCAUAUUCCUUCACCUGUUUCCUGAAGUAAAGUCCACAGAUUUCCAGCAAACGUAUGAACCCAACAACGUGGGAAGCUCUUUCUCCAGUGAUGACUUCACGUUGUCGUCUUUGAACAGCUGAUGAUUAAACCAAUUGCCAACAGCCGCAAAAUUAAAUCAAAUUACAACACACACACAUUCAUACACACACACAUAUAUACAUAAUUGUGCCCGUGUGUAAUGUUUGCAUACAUUUAGUGUAUGUAUGUAUUUAUAUAUAUGUAUGUAUGUAUGUAUAUAUGCAUAUAUGUGUGUGUGUAUGUAUAUAUAUAUAUAUAUAUAUAUAUAUAUAUAUAUAUAUAUAUAUAUAUAUAUGUUUCUGCUUCUAUCCUUCAUCUUGCAAACUGAUCAAAGAAUAAUAUGGUGAUGAUGAUGAUGAUGAUGUAAUGCUAAUCUGUGAAGAAUCAAUUCUGCCAUUGUAUUUCAAUCAUCCAAAAACAACAAUAAAAAAACUUUUCCUCUGAAGACACAAAAUGUGUAAAAUAUACCAAAAAGACUGCAGUUUUUUUCUCUUGCGUUUUCAAGAAGGAAAAACUACUAAACUAAUGAUAAUAGUAAUAGUAAUGACUGUAAUUAUAAUAAUAAUGAUGAUGAUAAUUAUUAUUGUUAUGUUAAUCAGAGGAUGAAGAAAUGCAGAUGAAAAAAAAUCAAGAAGAAAUAUUUCCUUGACACAAAUCCGUUUGCCAAACAGAGUUGAGGUUUUUGUCCAAGAACCCAAUGCAACAGCCGCUAUGAGACUGGAAGUUUUGAGAACUCUAACGCCAACCGUCAGUACUCUUACCUUACCUUAAACAGUAUAAAGCGUAAGAAGGAAGAAAGGAAAAUAUGGUAACGAUAGUCAUAAUGAUAAUGAUGAUGAUGAUGAUUAUAAUAUAAUCUUUCUUUGAUGCCACUCCUCUUGUCUGUGAAAAAGCCUUGAUAUUACUUUGAACUGAUGAUAUAUUGUUUGGAUAACUUAUGUGGUUAAACUUUUGGAUAUUUCACGUUUGAGUUUUGGAAUGUCUGAGAAUGAUGGAAUUAAGCAGGAAUAAAGGAAUGAGUGGUUAACUAAUUAAUUAAUUAAUUAGUCUAUCAGACACGAAUGCCAAAAACAGAAACAAGUUGGAUAAUCCCAUCUCAAGAGACUGAUCUUAACAUUACCAACAUUUAUUAAACAUAUGCACUGUUGUGCAUGUACACACCUCCACACACACAUUAUUUACAUGUGUGUGUGUGUGUGUGUGUGGUGUGUGAGUAUAUACUACGUUCAACCCAUGCUAGCAUGGAAAGCGGACGUUAAACGAUAAUGAUAUACAUAUAUAUAUCAAACAAUGAGAAUGAGUGCUCAGCUCUGUAUUGGUGGAUAAAAAUUCUUUACUUGUGUAUUAAGGCUACAGUUGGUUUCAUGUUAAAGAAUACUUAAGUUAUCAAGCCUAUCACUGGAGUUCCAUCGGACAGGCUUGAUAAUUGUUGAUGUAUUCUUUAGCAUGAAACCAAUGGUAGCUUCAAUACAAGAAUAAAGAACAUAAAUUUA